UUUUUUUCACGGGCGCGUUUUUACGGAGAGUUACGGUAUCUCGCGCUGUUGUGGUUGAACUUCCUCAACGCUCAGCUGACUCGAGAGGAGGAAUCAUCAUCACACACACAGAGGGAAUCGAGGGGAAAACAGCGAUGGCGGCGGAGAUCCACUCGAGGCCUCAGAGCUUCAGACCCGUCCUGUUAAACAAGAUCGAGGGCCACAGCGACACCGUGAACUCGGCCGUGCUGAUCCCGAAGGAGGACGGGGUUAUCACCGUCAGCGAGGACAGGACGAUUCGAGUGUGGCUGAAGCGGGACAGUGGACAGUACUGGCCCAGCAUCUACCACACGGUGUCCUCCCCGUGUUCCUGUAUGUCAUAUCACCAUGAGAGCAAGCGGAUCUUCAUAGGGCAGGACAAUGGGGCCGUUGUGGAGUUCCUCAUCUCAGAAGAUUUCAACAAAAUGAACCAUGUAAAAACAUACCCAGCCCAUCAGAACCGUGUGUCGGACCUCAUCUUCUCUCUGGAGAGUCAGUGGGUGAUCAGUACGGGUCAUGAUAAAAGCAUCAGCUGGAUGAGCACUCAGAGCGGCUCUAUGCUGGGACGCCACAGCUUCGGCUCAUGGGCUUCCUGUUUACAAUAUGAUAACGAUACCCAGCAUGCCUUUGUGGGAGAUCAUUCAGGGCAGAUCACGCUACUGAAACUGGAAGAACAGUCGUGUUCUAUCAUUACUACACUAAAGGGACAUGAAGGUAGUGUUGCUGUGUUAUAUUGGGAUCCAGUUCAGAGGUGGCUGUUUUCCGGAGCAUCUGAUCACAGUGUGAUCAUGUGGGACAUUGGUGGCAGACAGGGACGCACAUUGCUGCUGCAGGGACACCAUGAGAAGGUCCAGGCGUUGAGGUAUCUGCGCUUGACCCAUCAGUUGGUGUCUUGCUCUGCUGACGGAGGAAUGACAGUGUGGAACAUGGACACAACUCGAGAAGAGGCUCCACAGUGGCUGGAGAGUGAUUCCUGUCAGAAAUGUGAACAGCCGUUUUUUUGGAAUAUAAAGCAGAUGUGGGACACUAAGACCCUGGGGCUCCGACAGCAUCACUGCAGGAAGUGUGGCAAGGCCAUUUGUGGGAAGUGUAGUUCUAAACGCUCCACGUACCCCGUCAUGGGCUUUGAGUUCCAGGUGCGCAUGUGUGACGACUGCUACGACACGAUAAAAGAGGAAGAUCGGACUCCUCUGGCUACGUUUCAUGAAGGGAAACACAACAUCGCUCACAUGGACAUGGACCCGAGCCGAGGACUGAUGGUCACAUGUGGGACUGAUCGAGUUGUUAAGAUCUGGGACAUGACGCAGGUGGUGGGCAGCAGUGUAGCGGCGGGAUUCUCUGCCCGCUGAUUGGCUGUUUCUGAAGGCUCCGUCCACACUCCAACAACUGAUAUCUGUCGAGGAUCAUGGAAACACUCACCUACCUGUCUAACUCUCUCGUCCUUCAGCUGUGGAGUCUACGCAAAACGGACUGUUCAAUACGGUGUAUGUCAGUAUGUGUGUGUUAUUGGGAUGGUCCUUGAUUUUCUGAAUCAGAGGCAUUCAUGACUCCUAUGAGGUAUGAUGGCCUGGAUUUGAGCGAACAUGAACUCAAGGUACUUCUAAAAGCACAAUAUUUGCUCUCUCUCUCUCUCUCUCUCUCUCUCUCUCUCUGUGUCCCUCUAUGCAUAAGUACCAUACUAAAAAACAGGAAGCAUUUUUUUCAUCUAACAUCCUGUUUAUUUAUCCAUCUGUCUUGUUUAUCUUUCUUUCACUUUUUGAAUUUAAGUGCCACUACUGGCUCUAGUAACCAGCACUUGCAUACAUUCUCAUACAAACUUACUAGAACAUACAAAAAAAGUGUCACCAUAAACCCACCAAAGCUCAAACUCAGAGACAGACGGGUUCAGGUCAGGUAGGUGAGGAUAAUUAAAUGUAGCAUAUAAAAUCCAUGAAACAUUUUAUGACUAAACACAUUAAGUUAGUACACAAUGUUUGUAGAGUUCCUCUGUUAAACACUAUUUAUAGCACUAGUCAUCGUUUUCUCUGUGGUUUGGGGACAAAUUAAAGUGAUGGUUAACUCAUAAAUGAAAAUCUGUCAACAUUUAUUCACUUUCUUCUGUGGAACAGAAAAUAAGACGUGACGUUUAAUGUUGAUGCUGUUCUUUAGAUACAAUAGAAGUGAAUGAGAACUUGGGCUCCAAAAUUGUAAAACGAGUCCAUACGGCGUGUGUACUAUAUAACAACUCUUCUGAAGCCUAAUGAUAGCUUCCAAAACCAAAAAUGAACAAUAAAACGAGUCUUUACGACCUAUGCGGAGUAUUAAGUGCGCUAUAUUACCAAAAAGUGUACUUGUUUUUCUUCAUAGUAGUGGUUACAAUCUCAUUUGCGUAUUUUAAGUUGCCAUUUUGCUUUUGCGUACAUACAGAGGCCCUAAUCCUAAUGGGACAUGGUGAUG